ACUCCGUACAGAACAUGCCAUUCCCCACGGCCCCAGGGAGUCUGCUUGCUGAGGUUCAAUCAAUGUUCCCAGCCCACAACCAGGACAGCCCACUCCGACGCCUACUGUGCACGUUCUGGGCCGAUCUGGCAGCCAGCUGCCCGCCCGUCAGAACACAGUCGGUGGUACAGUGCAGGCCCUGUCUACCCUGUCUUCAAUCCUGGCGAGUCAGGAUUGCCACCCGAUCUCUGCACAUGUUCUGCUGAGAGGCACUUUUCCGCAGCCGGGAAAUCCCCUCAACGACGAGCCCCGAUGCCGUGCUGACGGGCUGUGACGCGCGCAAAUGGGCCCAUGGUUGCGUUGUUACGUUGGGAUCAUCAAUCGAGGGAAUUUCCUGCAGGCUGCAGGCUGCAGCAGAAGGCGCGGAGAAGGCUGGAAGCAUCUCAACCCACAGCCCACACAGCAGAACAUUCGUUCGUCUGGGGUAGAGGAGUCGUGUGCCUGGCAUCUCACGUCUGUCCGUCCGGGGUAAACGGCGAGCAAAACAGCGACGAAGAUGCGAGCCUGGCAAGGUCGACCACCCCCUGGGGACCCCAGUGCCCAUGUGCAGACAUUCGGCCAUUCUCCUUGCUGAGGUCCCCACAAUGCCGUCUGGAAUCUGAGAAGGAUGACGUGAAUGCUGGACAUUGACGUGAGGAUGCGCGGGCACAGAGUGGCAUCUCCCGAAUUCUGGUUCUCGAUCAGCGCGCACCCAGGAUAUCGUGUGCGACAACAUGCCCUCUUCUAUCGUGAUUUACAUCUGACCUUCGUACCCUCCACACCACCCAUCAUGGCCGACUCCGUGUCGCCAGCCCCGGUGCAGCCCACCAUGAGCAAGAAGAAGCUCCAGGAGGCCCAGCUGGAGAACCCCGUCACGGCCGCCAACAUUCCCGCCAUGGACGAGGCUCAGGCUCUCGCCGUGGCCCAGGCCGGCGGCUACGAGAUCGACGCCCUCAUCAACGAGAUGGAGACCGAGCUCGAGGCUGCCGGUGGUCUCAAGACCGGCUUCUUCCACCUGCAGUUCAAAGACCCAAGGCACUUCACAUGGGUCAUCGUCGCCUUCGCAUCCAUGGGCGGUCUCCUGUCCGGUCUCGACCAGUCCCUCAUCUCGGGCGCCAACCUGUACCUCCCAAAGGACCUCCACCUCACCACCGAGCAGAACAGUCUUGUCAACUCCGCUAUGCCUCUCGGCGCUGUCGGCGGCGCCUUGAUCCUCGGUACUACCAAUGAGCUUUUCGGCAGGAAGAUGGCCAUCAUCAUAUCUACAGUUCUCUACACUAUUGGUGGUGCUCUCUCUGCCGGCGCAAUGAACUAUGGCAUGAUUAUUGCUGCUAGAGUCAUCCUCGGUUUCGGUGUCGGUCUCGAAGGCGGUACGGUCCCAGUCUACGUCGCCGAGACUGUCGAGCGCAGGAUCCGUGGCAACCUCGUCUCCCUCUACCAGUUCAAUAUCGCCCUCGGUGAGGUCCUCGGCUACGCCGUCGCGGCUAUGUUCCUGCACGUCGAGGGCAACUGGCGGUACAUCCUUGGCUCCUCCCUCGUCUUCUCGACCAUCAUGUUCCUCGGGAUGCUCUUCCUGCCUGAGAGCCCGCGUUUCCUCAUGCACAAGGGAGAGGUCCUCGAGGCCUACAAGGUCUGGAAGCGCAUCCGCGGCGUCACCACUGCCGAGGCCAAGGAGGAGUUCUUCGUCAUGAAGGUCGGUGUUCAGCACGAGCAGACCGUUGUCAGCGAGAGCGCCCGCAACAAGCGCUUCCCCUGGAUGGACUUCUUCACCGUCCCCCGUGCCCGCCGCGCCCUCGUCUACGCCAACAUCAUGAUUCUGCUCGGCCAGCUCACCGGAGUCAACGCUAUCAUGUACUACAUGUCCGUCCUGAUGAACCAGAUCGGCUUUGACGAUGAGAAAGCCAACUACAUGUCACUCGUCGGCGGUGGAUCGCUUCUUAUCGGUACCAUUCCUGCCAUCUUCCUCAUGGAGAAGUUUGGACGUCGCUUCUGGGCCAACGUCAUGUUGCCUGGCUUCUUUAUCGGUCUCGUCAUUAUUGGUGUUUCUUACCAGAUCCAAAGCCUGAACGGGACCAUGGCGUGCUACCUCAUCGGUCUCGUCCUCUACAUGAGCUUCUUCGGUUGCUAUGCCUGUCUGACAUGGGUCGUCCCAUCGGAAGUCUACCCCACCUACCUCCGAUCCUACGGCAUGACCACCUCGGACGCCCUUCUCUUCCUGGCCUCCUUCGUCGUCACCUACAACUUCUCGGCGAUGCAGCGCGCCAUGACCCGGACCGGUCUGACCCUCGGCUUCUACGGCGGCAUCGCCGCCGUCGGCUGGGUCUACCAGAUCCUCUUCAUGCCUGAGACUAAGGACAAGACCCUGGAGGAGAUCGACCUCAUCUUCGAGCGCCCCACGCGGGAGAUUGUCAACGAGAACAUCAAGAACACCACCAGGGCCUUUGCUCACUUCUUCGCCGGCCGCUGGACCGCGACCAGCCAGAACGCCGCCGUAGCCGCUGAGGUGGAGGAGGAGAAGCUCGGCGAGAAGAACUAGAUAUUAGUACAUUUGCAUGGGAGGUUUAAUAAUUUGAUAUGGAAGAAACCUAUGAUGAAGAUAUACGACUGCAACAUGUUGCCUGGGCAUGAGGCUACUCAGGUCCCAGGCUGCUUUAGCUGCUAGAUUACGACAUGACCAAUCUCGAUGAUACCCAAUGGAGAUUUUGUUUUACCAGA